AUGGAUGAGAUAACAGUGGGGAGAAGAAGUUAUUAUGAGAUACUAGGGGUUUCUGUAGAUAGCAGCGACGCACAAAUUAAGACUGCCUACAAACAGAAGCUACUAUCCAAUCACCCCGAUAAAGCCGCUCACCACAGCAAUAUAUCUACCGACACCGAAAUCAACCUCAUUCAAGAGGCCUAUAGGGUUCUUGUCAACCAAGAUACCCGAGAUGAGUAUCGUGAAAAGCUCGAUUCGUUCACGCAAACUCAAGGUGUAAAUCUCAAUGGAGAUGGCCUUGACAUCUACAGUCUAGGGGAUUUUGACAUAUAUGAAGAUGUUUACAUCAAAUCGUGUCCCCGGUGUACCAGCGAGCAGGCCAUGAAGAUCACUCAGGCAGAUUUGAUUAAUGGAACAGGUGAUGGGGUCGGCAACUACGAGAUUAUUGUUCAGUGCAGUGACUGUAGUUUGUGGAUACGAGUGGAAUACUCCGAGGAGUUAUCGGAAUAG